GCGAGCGCACACAGCCGCCGCCGCCGCAGACCCAGUCACCCCGGCUCCGGUCUCUCAGCAGCAUCCAGCGUGUGGGAUCAGCGCUCUGCCUGGCUCCCUGACACGGAGUGGACGUUCCUGAGCACUGAGCUCAGCUGCUGUAAAAAGCAAAUAGGAAAAUAUACAGCUGGAUAAAAUUGAACAUGAUCAGAAGAUAGCAUCAUACACCAUGAUCAUGGCCCCCCGGAAGAGGAAUCGUCAUGCCUUGGGGUUUCUCUGUUGUUUUGGGGGUAGCGACCUCCCUGAAAUCAACCUCAAGGACAACAACCCUCUCCAGUUCCUUGAGUUCUCUGUCCCGAUCCCACCAGCAGAAGAGCUCAAUGCCAGAUUCUCUGAACUUGUGGAUGAAUUGGAUCUCACAGACAAGAACAGAGAGGCUAUGUUUGCACUCCCUCCAGAGAAGAAAUGGCAGAUUUACUGCAGCAAAAAGAAGGAACAAGAAGAUCCUAAUAAGCUCGCUACUAGCUGGCCAGAUUACUACAUCGAUCGCAUCAAUUCCAUGGCAGCAAUGCAGACUCUGUAUGCUUUCGAUGAAGAAGAAACAGAAAUGAAAAAUAAAAUAGUUGAAGACUUGAAGACAGCUCUGCGGACUCAGCCCAUGAGGUUUGUGACCAGGUUUAUUGAGCUAGAUGGCCUGAGCUGUUUGCUGAACUUCCUGAAGAGCAUGGACUAUGAGACCUCAGAAAGCCGCAUACACACAUCCGUUAUAGGGUGUAUCAAGGCACUGAUGAACAACUCACAAGGACGGGCUCAUGUCCUUGCACAUCCAGAGAGUAUCAACAUCAUCUCCCAGAGCUUACGAACUGAGAAUAUUAAGACCAAGAUUGCUGUGCUGGAAAUCCUAGGGGCAGUCUGCUUGGUGCCAGAUGGUCACAAGAAAGUCUUGCAAGCCAUGCUUCACUACCAAGUCUAUGCUGCAGAAAGGACAAGAUUCCAGACAUUGUUGAAUGAGCUAGACCGAAGCAUGGGGCGAUACCGAGAUGAAGUAAAUCUUAAAACAGCCAUCAUGUCCUUUAUCAAUGCUGUUCUGAAUGCUGGUGCUGGUGAGGACAAUUUGGAGUUCCGAUUACACCUACGAUAUGAGUUUCUAAUGCUGGGAAUUCAACCUGUUAUCGACAAGCUAAGAGGACAUGAGAAUGCCACACUGGACAGGCACUUAGAUUUCUUCGAGAUGGUCAGAAAUGAAGAUGACCUGGAACUUGCCAAGCGGUUUGAUUUGAUCCACAUUGAUACAAAAAGUGCCUCUCAGAUGUUUGAGUUGAUCAAGAAGAGACUGAAGCACACAGACGCCUAUCCCUAUUUGUUAUCCAUCCUCCAGCACUGCUUGCAGAUGCCGUAUAAGAGAAAUGGUGGAAACUUCCAGCAGUGGCAGCUAUUGGACAGAAUACUCCAACAAAUUGUUCUUCAGGAUGAACGAGGAGAUGAUCCAGACACAGCUCCAUUGGAAAACUUCAAUGUCAAAAAUAUCAUUAAAAUGCUGGUGAACGAAAAUGAAGUCAAGCAGUGGAGGGACCAGGCAGAGAAGUUUCGGAAAGAUCAUGCUGAGUUGAUGAGCAGGCUAGAGAAGAAGGAGCGGGAGUGUGAGACAAAGACCCAGGAGAAAGAUGAAAUGAUGAAGACACUGAACAAAAUGAAGGACAAGCUGCAGAAGGAAUCCUUGGAGCUGCGCCAGACCCGGGACCAGAUGAAUGACCUGGUGGCUCAACUUAAUGAGUUCUCGCAAGGGGGCAGCAUUGCCUUCCCACCCCCACCCCCACCCCCUCCUGGUGGCCCAUUAGCCCUGUCCUCUUCUCACAUGCCUGAGAAUUUGCCACCACUGCCACCACCUCUGCCUUUCUCCAGCUGUCCCCCUCCUCCUGCUCCACCACCUCCUCCAGGAGGACCUCCUCCCCCACCAGGAGCUCCACCUUUCUUCAGCAUGGGGAUGCCACCCGCUUCAACAACUACUUUUGGUGGCAGUGGCAUCAGCCUGAAGAAGAAAUCUAUUCCACAACCUUCACACCCACUGAAAUCCUUCAACUGGGCUAAACUGAGCGAGGAGAGGAUCCAUGGCACAAUCUGGAAUGAGAUUGAUGAUUUAAAGGCAUUCAAGGUGCUGGAUCUUGAAGAUUUUGAAAAGAUGUUCUCCGCGUACCAGAGACACCAGAAAGAGAUGGGUUCAACGGAAGACCUUUACCUCUCCACACGAAAGGUGAAAGAGCUCUCUGUGAUUGAUGGCCGGAGGGCCCAGAAUUGUGUCAUUCUCCUUUCCAAGUUGAAGCUGUCUAAUGAAGAAAUCAGACAAGCAAUUUUGAAGAUGGAUGAACAAGAAGACCUAGCAAAAGAUAUGCUUGAGCAGCUGCUGAAGUUCGUUCCUGAAAAGAGCGAUACCGACCUGUUGGAGGAGCAUAAACAUGAAAUUGAGCGCAUGGCCCGGGCGGAUCGUUUCCUCUUUGAAAUGAGCAGGAUUGACCACUAUCAGCAGCGGCUGCAAGCAUUAUUCUUCAAGAAGAAGUUUCCAGAGAGGCUGGCCGAAGCAAAACCAAAAGUGGAAGCCAUUCUUCUGGCAUCCAAAGAACUCAUCCGAAGCAAGCGUUUGAGGCAACUCCUAGAGGUGGUUCUGGCCUUUGGGAAUUAUAUGAACAAAGGCCAAAGGGGCAGUGCCUAUGGCUUCAAAGUCUCCAGCCUGAACAAAAUUGCAGACACCAAAUCCAGCAUAGACAGGAACAUUACUCUGUUGCACUAUUUAAUAAUGAUCUUUGAAAAGAACUAUCCAGAUAUCCUAGAUAUUCAGUCUGAGUUGCAGCAUCUUCCAGAAGCAGCAAAAGUCAACCUGGUAGAGUUGGAGAAGGAAGUCAACAACAUAAAGACCGGAUUGAAAGCUGUUGAAGCUGAACUAGAUUACCAGAAGAGGCGCAUGCGGGAAUCAGGGGACAGGUUCGUUCCUGUCAUGAGUGAUUUCAUCACUGUGGCCAGUUUCAGCUUCUCAGAGUUAGAAGACCUGCUUAAUGAGGCUAGAGACAAGUAUGCCAAGGCACUGAAGCAUUUUGGAGAGAGCGAAGGCAAGAUGCAGCCAGAUGAAUUUUUUGGCAUCUUUGACACUUUCUUACAGUCAUUUGCAGAGGCCAAACAAGAUCUGGAGAACAUGAGGAAGAAAAAGGAAGAAGAGGAGCGCAGGGCACGCAUGGAGGCCAUGCUAAAAGAGCAGAGGGAAAGAGAGAGACGACAAAAGAAAGCGAAAGCUGGAAGCAUCUCUGAAGAGAGUGGGGAGUUUGACGACCUGGUGUCAGCAUUAAGGUCAGGUGAAGUCUUUGACAAAGACUUAUCCAAGCUCAAGCGUAACCGCAAGCGCUCGGGGAAUCAAGGCUUAGAGACGAGCCGAGAGCGGGUGGUGACAAAGCUAAAUUAUUAAUUACAAGAGGAAGAAAAAUAAUCAACCAAAAGAAGGUGAUGAAAAAGUGCAAAACAAGGAAGAUGAAUGUGUGCGAUGGUGCCUGGCUGACAGCUGCCCCCAAAGGGUUCCUUUGGUCUGUGGCUAGAGACGUUACCUUUCCAUGAUCAGCUUUCCUCUCAUCCCUCUUCUGCGCUCCUCAUUUGAACUAUUCUAAAAGUGCCUCGGUGGAGCCAGCAGGGCCCGUGACUGGACCACACAGAGCUGACAGAUUUGCUUCUGGGAGUUUCUUGUGUGAUCAGCAGCUUCGUGGUGAUGACGGAAAGUACUUGGGCCUUGCAGACUGCCUCAGGGCUGAAGAAAGAUAAUUUUCCAUGUGCCAAAGUAAAAAAAAAACUAGUCACGAUCUCCAUCUUGCUGAUAACAAGCGAGACUAAUUGCAAAGCAGCUCUGCAAACAACUAUUGCUUCUUCAGGAUCUAGACUCACCUUCAGGAGCUUGUCCAGAUGAGAUUCUCAAGGUUUCCAGUUCUCUUCCAGAACUGGAUUUUAUAAGCCAUCUGUUAGCACGUGAAAAAUGCUUUCGAUCUCAUGUUCUGUGUAGCAUUUUAGUGUGGCCUGCACUGUCCAUAGCAAGUGAUGCUCAGAAGGAAGUAAUCAAGUUCUGGAACAAAUUGAAAUUUGAAUAUCAGGAUCAACAUAGAGGUUACUAUGCAAAAAGUCUUUUAGACUGUGCUUGUCCAGGAGCAAGUUUCUGGACUUUGUUGAGAGCUGAGCCUCAAAGCUAUGAAAUACACCUUCUAGGAAAGAAGCUCUGGCUCUUUAGAAAACUAAGCCACUGCCAGUUUGGGAUUACAAGUAGAUGACUCUGGAGCCUGUUGUCAUUGCUUAAGGGUGAGAGGGAAACAGUGGAACGUUUCCUACCUGUUUGUGGAAGAUUUCUUCGUGCAAGCCAAUGGAAAUUGGGAGCUCCUUAGUAUCAUCCACAGGUCAAAAGUCGCAAAAAGCAAACAGGGUCACUGACUGCAAGAAAUGAGAUUUCUUUUCCACUUGAUGCUAGCUGUGAUUGCUGUCGGCAUGAACUGGUCUUUCUGCCUAACAAGCUGACUUUCACUGCACACACCCUACUCCUGCCUAGGGGAAUGGCACAGCUCAGUAAGAGAUGAAUGGUGUCAAGGGAGAGCCUUGAAGCCUACAGCCUUUUUCUUGGGAUGAACCAAAAGAGAGUCUCAUAAUGGAAACUGAGAAUUUUUCCAGGAGGACACAGAAUUGCGUAAGCUAAGAAGGCUUUGGAGAUGGAUUAAUUUGUAAGAGAAAAAAAAAAAAAAAAAGAUAUUUAAGCUCUAUGUAAGAAACACAUAGUGAAAAUGCAAAGAACGCCAAGAAUUCCGUAUGCCUUCAUGGCCCUAGGAAAGGGGUUGGAUUGUGUGGGCUGUCAUGGGCUCCUUUUAUUUUUAUUUUUUUAAUCUUGUCUUCCUCUUUGAUCUUCCCGGGAGAAGGAAAAGAGGAAAAGAAAGAAAUGGUGAUAGAUUCUUCCUCCUAAACUGCAAGAAAAGAAAGAAUCUUUUAGAAGAGGGACCCACCACCUACAAACUAUGCAUCAAUAGUCAACAGCACAAAAUGUCAAGGAAUCCCAGGGAAGUGAAAGAGCUCUAUUUGUCACUUUAAUCGUUUGAUUUUAUUUUUCUCUGAAUGUCACUUAACCUCAGGUUCUGCACCGAGUCUGCAGAACAGAACUUCCUCUGCCAUGCACGCUGCCUGAUCAGUAUUACGCGCUACCAAAAUUGGAGAAGCAAACUGUGGUGGUUGUCUGAACACUUUGAGGGUAAAAUAAUUAUGUAAACUAUGGAAAGAAGCAAAAAAAAAAAAAAAAAAAAUCAGAAUUUUUAACCUCUAAUGUUUCAUUGUUUACUGAAUUUUGAGUCUCCCAGCCCAGAACUUCCCUAUGUAAGACAUUCCAGACUGCCGCGCCUCUGUAUAAUACUCAUCGUAAAGAGCUGGUAUCUUACAAGAGCUGGGUGCAUUCUCCUCCCUUGCUACUCCACUCCCCUUCUGGGAUUAGCUAUUAACAGCAAUGCUCAUUGCAGCGGACACAAGCACCUUGUAGAAGAAAGACUGUAUUUCAUAAAGGGUUUUUGAAAGUUUAACUCUCACUUUUUUAAGCAUUUUUAUUUUAAAUGACAAAAUGGAUUUUUAGAAAUGUCUCUUGUAAAUUAUAUUAACAAGCUCCUUGCUGCUCCCUGAAGUUAGACAUGCUAUAUCCCAGCCCUUUUUGUUUGUCUUGUUUUAAAGCAUGCCAUAUAACCUAUGCCGUGUAAGCCAUACAAGAGGUGGUAAUAUGUGCCAAAUUGGUAUACAGCUGAGGUUAGACUUGGAUAAUCCCUGAAUUCCAAAGAUGAUGCUUUCAGGGAUUGGAACUUUGUAGUUUUUCCACCCUUCUUUGUUCUCCCUGGGUUUAGGACUCACCCAGAAAUUCAGGUGUAGUGCCAAGGGCAGCCCUGGUGCAAUAUGAAGUGACUCCUGGCUCUGUCCAGCUUACAGCCGCUUGCUUGCUCCCCAGGUACUUGUUUGAUAAGGCAGGCUGUCAGCAUGGCAGUGCUGUCAGAGAAGAAACAACUCAGGACAAAACCCUUGAACAUGAAUACAGCAUUCCCCCCACGCCAGUAUUUGUCAAACCAGGUUUAUGCUGUGCUUUUUGAAACUGAAGUCACUUUGCCAGGCCACAAAUGUAGCAAAAGCAGAGAGACAGCCAUAAACCCUCUGUCCAUUUUUGUACACAGUUCAAGCCCGAUUUCAGGAGAUCUUGUAUGAUGGUGUGCAGCUCUCCAGCCACACUGGCAGACUAAAGAAAGCUGCUCUAGUUCUGACACCUCCUUGACUCACACACAAAUCAUGAGAGAUCGUGCAGCUCCUGUAAAUUGGCUGUGGGACACUUAUGGGGAUGGACAAAAAGCUCAGAGUCAUGCCACUGAUUCAAUGCAGCUCAACUUUCUCAGCACUCCAGUGCCCCAGACUCCUGUUUGGGGUCUGUGAUGGUGGCUGAAGGCUUCAUUCAGUGUGCUGGACAGUCUCCCCUGGCUCUUGACUCCAUGGUAAAAGUUCAUAAAGGGGGUUUUGGAAAAGCUCAGUUGCACUCUGAGGCAAGCAGUGAUUUUGUAGAAGCGGUGACAAGAACAGAGGCCCACUAAUUGGUCUACGGUAUGAGAUGAGGCUCACUACACACAACAUAAAGAAAAAAGUUGGCUCUGAUCGAGGGCCUGACGUCAGAGUCUUGCUGAAGCCAAGUUUGUCCUUGCUUCUCAUCUCUUGGGUGCAGCGGUGCAUCUAUGCUCUGUUCUUCAGCAGCAGUUGUGGUAGAGUUGCCGAGCACUGAAAGAGAAAGGAAAAUCUAGUUAUUUGUCCUCUAGUGCUAGCAGAGCCUGGGCCAGUGUAGCAAGCAGUUGUAUAACAGAGGUAUAACACUGAGGGAUAAAUUCUUUAUUGCACUGAGAGCUGAAGGAGAAAGGGCCUGCUUCGGUCCUUGCACCAGUGCCUAGCACCAGCAUUUUAAGUGGAAUCACUCUGACUUUACAGAUAACAGGAGGAAAUGGAGACCUGAGAAAGGAGGGUAUAAUCAAGGGCUUGUUCUGCAUCCUGCAGAACUGUAGUCUUUGCUAAGUAUAUGAUAAAGUUCUUCCCUCCCAGAAGGGGAAGUGCUUUCUGGCUCUCUAGAUUUUGUCCCUUGAGGUCUAGUGCUUGCUCACUCACCUCUGUGUCUCUGAGUUCUUCUUAAGCAGGUUGCAUUAGGAUGGUCCCACAAAAGACUGAGAAAUUCCCUCCCUCUCCCAGUCCCUUUGAUCUGUGUCACUCCUCAGUCAAUCAUAAAUCUCUGGAAAGGCUUCAAGGUAUAGUGACUUCAGGGCACCAAGGCCCUUCCAUGCCGUGUAACACAUCUAUCAUCUGGGCACCGGUUCCCUAUGAGAGCAGAAGGAGGACUAGUGUUCAGGAGUGAGAGACUCUCCACUAUGGAGACGACCCGAGCGUCCUUCAGAAGCAUUUCUGUAAUGUAUUCACAGUGUCUGAGGAGGGGAAAGGAAUUGUUAUGGGCUUUGGCGGGAGACAGUGGAGUGAAUGUUUCCCUGAUGGUCAGCCCUACUGGCUGAAUCUUUCCUCUUCUUCAGGAAAGCUCACACUGAGCUGGGUUGCAUGGGAGAAGCUUGUGUCAGGAGUUUCUGAGGGAAAAGGAGAUCAGUUGUACAGUUGAUGAUGUACAUGAUAUAUGCAGUUUCAUUUCUGGGUUGGUUAUUGUUUUGUUAAUUUGUUUGGGGGUCAAAUGAUUUUUUUUUUUUAAAAAAAAAAGAAGAAGAAAAGGUUUUAGGAAUCUCUAAGGGGAACCUGUAAAUCUGACACCUCUAUUUAUUUUGCCUUAUUUUAGUUUGCUAUGUUUGUAUGUAUACACUGCAUUACAGCAAAGACUAUUGAGACUGUGCCAGGGCAUUACACCGGCUAGACAGCUGGCUUGGCUAUUGUGCAGCAAGCUGAGCUAGGCAGAGGGAUGUGUGUGAGAAGCCUUGGUCUGUGGAGAGAGGCAAGAAAAGAACCUUUCCUUUUGCAUUUGCCCUCAUCACUAUCCCCCUGGUGAUCCCGGUUCUGGGAAAGAGUGCAUUUUAAAGCACGUAGUGAACUGAUGCAAGGUGGUUAUUUUAGAACACCUUCUGCAAAACCUGUUUAUUUCUCAUCCCGAAUCAUGGUGAGAAGAUUGAGAAGAGUUAAGCUGCACAGUUUCUCGCUCAAGCUUUACCCUUCCACACAAAUUCUGCCCAUAGUGCCAGAGAAGUUUAGAUAGACGGGCAAAAGUGGUUCAUGCCCCGUAACUUCUCAGUAGAGUUAACUUGAUGGUGGAACAAACUGGGACAGUUCUGCUUCCUCAGAACUAAUAUUCCUUCCUAUCUUUAAGGCCAAGGAAGAAGGAUAUACUCUACUUCCCCUCUCUCCUCCUCGACCCCACCUCCUCAGAUUAUCUGAGGUAAACAAAAUCUUUCUGCUGGUUGGUUAUCUACUCAUGGAGUCUCUGGCAAUCACCAGGUGUUUGGCCAUGGCUCUUGGGCUUCUGUACUUGAUGUAAGAAGUUUCUGUCUGCCUGCCAUCCAGACAGGUAGCCUCCAUUGGCCACCUUAGCUUCUGUUAUCAAGGGUUGAAGAAGCCAACCUGGGUGAUUUGGCUAACUGAAAAUACAGAAUUUAAUAUAUGUGUGUAUGUAUAUAUAUAUAAGGUUAACUACUACUCUUUAAAUAGUAGUUUUGAUGACCAAUAUCACCUGAAGCUGGCCAGAUUUUGCUCAGUGUGCCUGCUGAGAGAGAUACCAUUAGUCUAGCCUGCUGACUUGGCACCUCAUUUCAUGAGAGAGUCUGGAUGCUUCCGAACCAGAGUCUUCUGUUAUGAGUGGUACUGUAAAAUAGAUCCACUGUAACCAGUGCAAGUUGCUCUGGGUUUACACCAGCAUAAUUUAAAGCAGCAUCUGGAUCAAAUCUCUCUUUUAGGCAGUUUUAUUUCUUUACAAGAUGUUUGACAGAGCUUAUGAAGGGCUUGGUCCUUUCAGCUGUCCACCACUAGAAGCUCUCACCCAAAUGAUCUAGAAAAGCCUCUGUGACAAGCCAUUCUCCCUCCUUCAUGCCUGCCCGUAAACAGGCUCUUCAAAAACCUUUGCAGCUUUUAGGAGGAUUGCAGGGAGCUGUCAGGUACGUGGGUCGCUCUGUGCUCAAUACUCCCCCUUCCAAACCAUCUUCAUCUUCAGUCACUCUCCUCCCCCCUAACCCUGCUCAGUUUGAAGCUGGCAGGCCACGCUGGGAGGUGCCCCUGCCCACCAAGCCAGAAAGGACAGUGCUGCUUAAUGAAGCGGGAGGUUGUGUGCUGCUGUAAUGCCUUGGCCUAUCCUCAUUUCUUAGUCAGUUUAAGUGAAUUAAAUGUACAAGUCCUGUAGUGUCCUUUUUAUCUGUAUCUUUUUAUAAGAAUAUACUGCAAUACUAAAAAAAAAAUCCAAAAAACACACCAAAAGCAAAAAAAAUUAAAGACAUAUUGCCCCCA